AUGCUGGCUGCCGAUCCAGUGGAGCCAGAUAUGCUCUUGCACGCCACCUCCCCUCCUCCACUGGGUGAUGGUGAUGAUGGAGAGACAGGAUCAGAGGAUGAUGAAUUUGGGAGCUUUGGGGGAUUCUCUUGCUCAGCUGAUUCUGCUGUCCUCAAGCAGUCUGCUCCUACUAUAAAGCCACCAAACUGCAGCUUUAAUCACACACCUGAACAAACCCAACCGACACCCGCUGUGAACUCAGGAGCCCAUAGGGGACAGGAAGCUGCUGAAAGGCAGCAUUCUACAUCUCAGUCUUCUUUGCAUCUCAUGAAUGGGUCCUCUGAAAGAGGCUCUGGGACCCAGGCAGAUUCUACAACAGGGGCGCCCAGGGAGGAAUCCGGGUUUGCUGAUUUUACUGUGUUCACAGAGCAGGCCGCAUAUCCCUGGUGCUGUGGUUUCUCUACUUUAGACAGCAUAGAACAACAGGAUGUAAAUGUGGGAGAUACAACACUGCUCAACAAUAUCGGUAAAAAACCCUGUGAUUCAAAACAGUGGAUCAUUAUGGAUUCUGAGCCCAGAUUGUGUGGUUCACAUCAAUCAGAAGAGACUGUCUACACUAAGGUCAAUCACUGUGAGAAAAGACAUGCAACAAAUGUGCAGCCAUCUCAGGAUUAUCACCCACCUCAGGAUGCUGCAGCUACUCUGGAUUCUUUAUCUGUGACUGAGCAAAGAUGGCCUGGAGAAUGUCAGGCAGAAAUUCAGCAUAGUGUCAGCCUACACUGUUUAAAAAUGUCAGACUCCGAGGACACACGGACAGCUAGUAUGUAUGACUCUGCUACCGAGGACCUGCCAUCAUUCUAUCAUGAUGAUGAAGAGGGAACCUUCUUGCAUGCUGACUCUUUGCUCCACCACAGCAUGACAAAUUUCAGCAUAGAAGAGCCAGAGGCUUUUCAUCGUGACCAGUCGGUUACUCAGGGAAUCUCUGCUACCUCAAACUCAGAACCUGAAAUGUGUGCAGAAGGCUGUUUGGAACAUCACAGGAACCAAGAAUAUGUCCACAAGGCUGACAAAGGGGGCCGUUAUUUGGGUGGCCUCCCACCAAGUGACAGCUUUGCAGAUUUCUGCUCAGCGUCCACACAGGAGGAAGGAGAGGGUUCCUGGGAAGAGUUCCAGGACCAGAAGCCUCAAGUAGCUGUGAAACUCUGGCCACCAUUCAGACAAGAUAGCUGCCUGCAAAUUACUGGGAAUGCAGAGCAGGACAGGACGGAACUCUGUGGACGCACCAUGAUGGACAGCUGGCAGGCUUCAUUAGCUUGCCGUGUCCAGCAGAUCUUCCAGGCCAGUUUCCCGGCUGUUCCAACUGUGGAGAGGGAGGAGGAGGAGGUGUUGAGUCUUGAUGCCUUGCUUCACAUCCGAAGCGUACCCGAUAGUGGGUCAGAGGAGAUGCCAGAACUUGCACACCCCAUUGCUCAAUGGGUUCAGCAGGGCAUGUGGUUCCUACAGUUGGAUGUCCACAGCAUACGUGGCCUCCAGUUUCAGUGGGGCAGUUCACAUGCUAACCAGGCUCUGCUCAGGUGCCUUGGUGUGGACUCUGGGAAUAUUGUCUUUGGUGUGAAGAACCAACCAGUGGUCGUGCCUGCAUUUGCCUCCAGUCUGGAAAUGUUGGAACCCACCAAAGAGUCUGUGUCAACUGUCUGUUCUCACUUUGUUAUAACACAAGCACCUCCAGGAUCCCAAGACAUACCGGACCUCUCAACUCACCCAGUGCAGAGGUCCCUUCCUUCUAGCCCGCUGAACUGGAUCAAUCGUGGCCUUAGCAGCUCUCAGGAUGGGACGUCCCCUCGCCGAACUCCUUAUUUCUGGAGUUGGAAAUAGAACACCAUGGCGUAUGUGGCUUCUUCUGCACUGACAAAUUACAUGACGAUUUGAAGAUUCCCAUGACUUUCUCCUGUGCAUGUUCUUAUUCAUGCUGUGUUCUUCUUCCACUCACUCAGCAGUGUUGGGGUCAUUAUUGUACUGUUCAGUAGAACCCGUCCAGGGACGACAAGUGACAGAGACAUACAGUCUUUUGGAAAUAUGACCCAUUUGUCACAAUUGCAGUUAUGUUGUUCAGUGUCUCAGAGGUCACCUUUUACUGUUCAAACAGUAUUUAUGAGUCAGGGUUGUGAAGGUUUAACCAACAACUGCUUGAAUAAAAUUGGUGAAGAUUUGCAUACUGUUAAAUUUUAUUUACUUGCAUACAUUCAUCUUUGUGACUUUCUCAAAGAUCUAGUAAUAGUGCAGCAUGAUUAUCAUACUGCAUGUAUUGGCUUCCCCCAGGAAAGUAAAGUACCACCAAUUUUUUCACACCUUAUUUUAGCCUUUACGUUUCUCUUGCACACAGGAGUGUUGAUCCAAAAACCUCACUCACCCGCUGCGGUGAAGUGAUGCUGAAAUAAUGACCACCAUUGGCUCAGGAGAGAAUUCGUAGUGUUAUGAAAGAAUUUGGCAGUAUUUGGAAUAGUUUCUGUUCCAGUUUUAUGCCAAACUUUCCACCAACUCUUCUGAAAGUUGGUUUAUUGUGCCAUCUGACAUUGUUAAAAUACUCAUUUUAGAAUUUUCCUGGCUCCAACACUUUGUCUGGAUCCUCCCAAAAAUGCAGUUAUAUCCUUUCCAGGACAGACCCAAUGUUUUCAGCUGAUUGGAAUAAGAACAUUGAUUUUAAGUGACAAGCUCUUUCUUCCGAUUAAAAAAUUAAUUUUGCACUUCUCCUCGAUUUGAUUUAAAAUAUAAUGGAAUCUAUUCGGGGGUAGGACCAACACAUUCAGCAGUAGAGGGCAGUACUAAUGGCGAGGGAGUGAAGCAACUGAGCAGGGAGGUGGUAUGGUUGUGGAGUUUUUGAAAAGUUGAUGCCAAUAUUGUAUAACCUGGGGAGGAAAAUGGUUCUUUUUGCAUUGCCAAAAAAAAAAAAAAAAAAAACUACAGGAAAGAACAAAUUUCCAGGAUCUCUUUGACUGUCUUUAAUAAAA